GACCAAGGGCUAGAGCUGUGGGCGGCAGUCGGGGGCUCUCCUGACAGCCGCUCUCACACCUGCCCGCGCAGCCACCCACCCUCCCCGAGCCACUGCCCCGGUCCAGACCCUCAAACACGCACACACUCCGGCGGGCAGGAGCUGUGCACACACCGCGGGCAGGAUGACCUCGCUGUUCAGGAAGAGAAACAAAGGCAAAUAUAGCCCCACGGUGCAGACCAAGAGCAUCUCCAGUAAAGAGUUAUCAGAGUUGAUUGAUCAACUUCAAAAAAAUGCUGAUCAGGUGGAGAGAAACAUCGUGGACACUGACUCCAAGAUGCAAAGUGACCUAACAAAGAUUAAGGAGGGCCAGCCUGCUCAACACCGAGAACACUCCCUCCAGAAGCUUGCUGAAUCUGAAAAACUCCUCUAUGUUUUGGAGGGAGAUGCCGCUAUAGCUAAGCACAUGAAACACCCCCAAGGAGAUAUGAUUGCAGAAGAUAUCCGGCAGUUGAAGGAAAGAGUGGCAAACCUACGUAUGAAGCACAAUCAGAUUUACAAUUUGACUGUUAAAGAAGUGGAUCCACAGGUCAACUGGUCAUCUGUGGUUGAUGAGAAACUGGAUAUGCUUGGCAAUCAAAACUUUGGGACAGACCUGCCAUUAGUCGACCACCAGGUAGAGGAGCAUAACAUCUUUCAUAAUGAGGUCAAAGCUAUCGGACCCCAUAUCACCAAAGAAGGAGAUAAGGAACAGAACAGUGACCUCCAGGCCAAGUAUCAAAAACUGCUGGCAGGAUCCCAGGCAAGACAACAGCACCUGAGCUCUCUUCAGGACUACAUGCAGCGCUGCACUAAUGAACUAUACUGGUUGGACCAGCAGGCCAAAGGUCGAAUGCAAUAUGACUGGAGUGACCGCAAUCUAGACUAUCCUAGCCGCCGACGUCAGUAUGAGAAUUUCAUCAACCGGAACCUGGAGGCCAAAGAGGAGAGAAUUAAUAAGCUACACAGUGAGGGUGAUCUGUUGCUGGCUGCUGAACACCCAGGGAGGAAUUCGAUUGAGGCUCAUAUGGAGGCAGUCCAUGCUGACUGGAAGGAAUAUCUGAACCUGCUCAUCUGUGAGGAGAGUCAUUUGAAAUACAUGGAGGAUUAUCACCAGUUUCAUAAAGAUGUCAAAGAUGCCCAGGAGUUGCUGAGGAAAGUAGACACAGAUCUAAACCAGAAAUAUAGUCCUGAAUUCAAAGACAGAUACCAAAUUGAAUCUUUGCUACGGGAACUGGAUGAUCAGGAAAAAGCUCUGGACAAGUAUGAUGAUGUGAUACGGUCUCUACAGAAACGUGGCCAGCAAGUGGUACCCCUCAAGUAUCGCCGUGAAACACCUCUCAAACCUAUCCCUGUGGAAGCACUUUGUGAUUUUGAAAAUGAGCAGGGCCUUAUUUCUCGAGGAUAUAGUUACACUCUACAGAAGAACCAUGGAGAGAACUGGGAUAUUACAGAUAGCUCUGGAAAUAAGCUCAAUGCCCCUGCUGUCUGUUUCAUGAUUCCUCCUACUGACCCUGAGGCCCUUGCACUCACUGACAGCCUAAGCAAUCAGUACCGGAGUGUGAAGCAGAAAGCAGCUGGGAGUAAGGCUGCUCUAAAGCAGCGAUAUGAGAUACUCAAGACAGAGAAUCCUGGAGAUGCAUCUGACCUCCAGGGACGGCAGCUGCUUGCCAGCCUGGACAAGGUGAACAGUGACCUAGAAAGACAGGAAAAAGCAAUCACUGCCAUCCUGAGGCCUCCCCUUGAACAGAGUCGGGCAGUGCAAGACAGUGCUGAACGGGCCAAGGACCUCAAGAAUAUCACCAAUGAGCUUCGUCGAAUUGAGCCAGAAAAGAUACGGAGCACUGAGGAGUGUGAUGCCUUCAUUGGAGCACUCCCUGACAGUGGCAGUGCUCCAUUGCUAAAGACACGGGUAGAAGAUACCAACCACAAAUAUGACCGUCUUGUUCAACUACUCAAUUCGGCUCAGGAAAAGGUAGAUGGAGCCAAUCGCCUUGAAAGCAGCCUUCAGCAAGGUAGAGAGCUACUGUCCAAGUAUGAGAACCAGCUCUCCUUAGAUGAUACAGUCCCCGAGAAUGAACAGUCACUGGAUAACAAGAGGCAGGAGCUAGCAGCCAUUGCCUCUGAACUGCAAGCCAAGAGAUCCCUCCUCAGUGAGGCUGACCAGAACCUGCAAAGAACCAAGAAGUGCUCUAGUACUCUGGCAAGCCGGUUCCAAGAGCACUGUGCAGAUAUUGAGCGGCAGGAAGCAGAAGUCAACAAACUCAAUCAACGGUUUGACAACCUCAUUAAGCAGAUCAACAACAGGUCUCAGAGUCUACAGAAAGCUAAAGGUGCAUAUUCUGACUACCGCAGCGGCUAUGAUCAUGUGACCCAGUUUCUGGCCAAUAUUCCCAGUUACGAGCCCCAAGAAACUGACAGCUUAAGUCAAGUGGAAACAAAGCUAAAGAAUCAAAAGAACCUCCUAGAUGAAAUUGGAGGCUGGGAACAAGAGGUGCAGAAAGUGUAUGACCACGCCCAGCAGUAUCAGCAGGCUGUGAAGGACUAUGAGUUAGAAGCUGAAAAACUAAGAUCCCUUCUUGACCUGGAGAAUGGAAGGAAUGUCCACACAAACAAGAAGGCUAGACUUCAAUCUCCUGCAGCCAAAGUAAAGGAAGAGGAAGCUUUUCUUGCUGCCAAAUUCACUGAAGUUAAUGCUAUCAACAGACAAAGAUUACAGAAUUUGGAAUUUGCUCAGAAUCUUCUGAGACAGCAGCCAGAGAUAGAAGUGACACAUGAAUCCACUCAAGGCAAAGAACCAGUGACAGAAGAAACCUGGAGAAUUAAGAAAGCCCUAGAUGAUGAGACCCAGCGUAGGCAGCAGCUGGAGAAUGAAGUCAAAAGCACUCAGGAUGAAAUCAUCAUCCUGAAGAAUAAGAAGCCUCAGGAAUCUGUGAUAAGAAAAGAGGUGUUAAAAAAGGUGCCUGAUCCUGCAUUGGAAGAAAGUCUCCACAGAAUGCAGCAAACUCUAGCUGAGGAACAGCAUAAAAAUAAAGAGUUACAGGAUGAGCUAGAGGAUAUGAAACUAAAGCUACGCUCACUGGAGCAUGAAACAAGGGAUGGGGGUCAAGAAUAUGUGGUCAAAGAAGUAUUGCGUAUUGAGCAAGAUAAAGCUCAGGCUGAUGAAGUCCUAAAAUUAAGGGAGGAGCUAGAAGAACUAAGGAGACAGAAAGGAACCAGAGAAACAGAGGUUAUUCUCUUGCAGCAGCGAAUUGCAGCACUAUCUGAGGAAAAGAACAAAGAGCUAGAGAAAGUAACAGAGAAGGAAGUAGUGAAAUUACAGAAUGACCCCCAGCUAGAGACAGAGUAUAGGCUGCUACAGGAGCAGCAACAAAAUGAGAGUACCCAAAGGGAAAAGCAAGAAGAAGAGCUCAGUUUCCUGCAAGACAAGCUCAAGAGACUGGAGAAAGAACGAGCUAUGGCUGAAGGAAAAAUUACUGUAAAGGAAGUAUUAAAAGUGGAAAAAGAUGCAGCAAUAGAAAGAGAAGUCAAUGACCUAAAACGUCAAUAUGAAGAUGAAGCAUCAAAAUCUCGCUCCAGUCAGAGAGAAAAGACUGAACUCCUCCGGAAGAUCUGGGCCCUAGAAGAGGAAAAUUCCAAAGUAGUUGUGCAAGAAAAGGUACGAGAGAUUGUCCGCCCAGAUCCCAAGGCUGAAAGUGAAGUAGCCAAUCUCCGUUUGGAACUUGUGGAACAGGAAAGAAAGUACCGAGGUACUGAAGAGCAGUUAAAGAGCUACAAGAGUGAACUGGAGGCUCUUCGGAAACGAGGUCCCCAGAUAGAGGUGAAAGAAGUCACAAAAGAAGUAAUUAAGUAUAAGACUGACCCUGAGACCGAGAAGGAACUUCAACGACUCAGAGAAGAAAUUGUAGACAAAACUAGAUUGAUUGAAAGAUGUGAUUUAGAAAUCUACCAGCUGAAGCAAGAAAUCCAGUCCUUGAAAGACACCAAACCCCAAGUGCAGACCAAAGAAGUAGUCCAAGAGAUACUUCAAUUUCGGGAAGACCCCAAAACCAAAGAGGAGGUAGAGUCCUUGAGAAUUAAAUUAUCAGAAGAACAGAAAAAACAGGUAGAUUUAGAGAGAGAAAGGUUAUCCCAAGAAGAAAAAAUCAAACAAAAGGAAGAGGAACUAUCGCAAGUGAAGGAAAAAGUAGUUGAGCAAGAAGUUGUAAAAUAUGAACAAGACCCUGCCACGAGAGCUGAGGUGGAUUCCUUCACUGAAAGCAUCGACAUUGAACUGAGGCAGAUUGACAACCUUCGAGGAGAACUUCGAAAAUUGCAGCGGAGAAGGGCUGAGCUAGAACAUCAGCUAGAAGAGUUGGAAAGAGAACGGCAAGCUAGAAGGGAGGCUGAGCUUGAGGUCCAGCGGCUGAAGCUUCGGCUAGCUGAUCUGGAGAAAGAGGAGGGGGAGACCAAAGAAAAGGUGACCCGAAAACAGAAAGUGGUUCUCCAGCAAGAUCCCCAGCAGGCAAAGGAACAUUCUCUUCUCAAACUCCAACUGGAAGAAGAAAAGCACCGAAGGCAAAUCCUGGAGAGUGAGCUUGAAGCCCUAAAAAAGAAACUCCUUACCCUUGAAAAGAUGGAGGUCAAAGAAAAAGUGGUCUUUUCAGAAAGUGUUCAGGUAGAAAAAGGUGACACAGAACAAGAAAUUCAGAAACUGAAGAACAGUUUAGAGGAAGAGAGUCGGAUCAAAAGGGAGCUGGAUGCAGAGGUGAGCCGGCUGGAGGCCAAGUUAUCUGAACUGGAAUUCCAUAAUUCCAAAUCAUCCAAAGAACUAGACUUUUUAAGAGAAGAAAACCACAAACUACAUUUAGAAAAACAGAAUCUACAAAUGGAGACCAGAAGGCUGCAAUCAGAAAUUGAAAUGACCACAACAGAAACUCGAGAUUUAAGAAACAUGACUUCGGUGGAUUGUGGGGCAAAUUUAGACUCUAGACUCUGGUCCCUGGAAAGAGAGCUGGAUGAUCUCAAAAGGAUCUCCAGAGAUAAAGAUAAUGAGAUUGAUGAAUUACAUAAGCGUCUAGGGUCAGUGGCAAUCAAGAGGGAGCAGAGAGAGAACCAUUUACGACGCUCCAUUGUUGUUAUUGACCCUGAUACUGGUAGAGAGCUUUCCCCAGAGGAAGCCCAUAGGGCUGGUCUCAUAGACUGGAACAUGUUUGUGAAGCUAAGAAGCCAAGAGUGUGACUGGGAAGAAAUAUCAGUCAAAGGACCAAAUGGAGAAUCUUCUGUGAUACAUGACAGAAAGUCUGGAAAGAAAUUCUCUAUUGAAGAUGCCUUAAAGAAUGGAAGGCUAACCCCAACCCAAUAUGAUCGAUAUGUUAACAAGGAUAUGUCCAUUCAGGAGCUAGCCGUUUUAGUUUCUGGGCAAAAGUAGCUAAAAAGCUUCUUUCUUUUCAAGCUGAUAUCCUUCCUUCCAGCCCCCCCAAAGCAGAUAAUUGGUGUGGUCUCACAUAAGAUGAUACUGUCAUGCCCUCACAUCCAGUGUAUACACAUGCCAAUAUUUUAGUUACACUCUUGCUAUAGUGUUGUUGCUCAGGUCAGAGCUAAUGUUACCACAAAUGGGAAGGGCAAUUAAGUAAGAAGGAAUGAAAUUUGUUUCCAAUCAUUAAACUGAUUGACUUGCCUGGAUAUAUUCCCAGGGGAUGAUAAAUAUGCAACUUUUUUCCUCUAUUGCUCAACACUCUUCCUUCCAACAUAUUCUUUUUUUUCCCUUUGUGACCUCCCUUCUCCUUUUAAGGAAUAAAAGUAUUCCAAAGUUAUGAAAAGUUGAUCUAACCAAACCUGGAAAAAAUAUAGCUUAAGAAGACACCAAAGCUGUAGCACAGGCCUUGAAACCAACCAACUGAAAAACUUUGCAGAGAUAAAAAAAUAUUCAUUCUAUAUCCUUUUCCAUUCAAACAACUGAACAUAUCUCAAGUUACUAAUAUUGACAUUCAGUCGAAAUUCUACUGUCCAAAAAAAUCUUCAGCUGUUACUCUGCUGACAAGAAAUAUUGGAUAUUUGCUGGAAAAGGGUGAAAAAAAAACCAGCAGAAAAUAUAACAAGUUGAAUUUCAUUCAACAGGUGUUUUUUUUUUCUAUCUGAUGUCCUUAAAUAUAUGAGUAGUCUGUUACUAUAAAAUUAAAACAUUUUAAUAGUAAAAGAUGUUACUGUAAACAGUGGCAGCAGUGCCUCAAGUCUUGCUUUACCUCAUAGCAUUUAGGUAAAAAAUAUGUUGAUUAUUUACCAAAUGAAUAUCCAGUUAUGUAUAUCUCAUUUAUUCUGUAUGAAAAUGGGAAAUGAUAGGGAAUUUUAUUUAUAGUAUGGAAAUAAAAAUCUGGUGGCUUGAAUUUUGUUUCUCUGAUAUCAUCUUUUGCCUUUUCCUUUUGAGAAAACUUUCCUUCCACUUCCACUUGCCUUUCAGCAAAAAUGGUUACUCCUAAAAGAUCAAUACCUUGAGAAUCGAUUACAAGAAAAAGAAAAAAACCCACUUAUAAAUUUGAUAAAAUGUAAAAAAUGAAAAAGAAUGUUUUGGAAACUUUGAAACAAUUUAUUGAGUUGCUUUAUACAAGAUUAACAAUUUUCCCACCACCCCCAAUACCAACAGUCCCUGCACAAAAGCUGCAGCCCCUUUUACAUUAAAGAAACUGCCAUACCCAGUAAGUGCUCAGAGACUCCCCUCACCAAAGGAAACAUCUUACAGCUGCUACAUCCAGGGCACACGGCCAGGGAUGUUCCAUUUUCCAUCCUUUUGCUACAGUGUCGGCCUGUAGCUCUGCCUUGCCAUGGCUCUGUUUAAUUCAUUCACUCGUUCAUUACCACAAGUAAAGCAUAAACAAGAAAAAGAAAUCCCACAGAAUCCCCAUCAAAGAAACAUUUCCCUGAGGCAAGAGGCAUCACUAGAUUCCUAAAAUGAGGGUAUUCUGCUCCAGCUACAAACUCAAUGGUAUGUGGUACAGAGGGAGUACUGGCAGGAAAGCAAAGAGAAGGAGUAGGACUGGUACCUGGGAGGGCUCAUGGGAAGGGAAUUCUGGAGAAUCCCAUCUGCUCAGAGUCCACUGAUAACUGCUCUGUUUUGAGCUCAGCAAUACAAAUCUCAUCUUUGGCUCUUUUGCUACUACCUAGGAGUAUUCUGUAAACAAACUGGAAAUACAAGUUUCAAUUUAAAAAAAAAAUACAAUAAAGUGAUCUUAAGGAGUCGCUUAGCUUUAAUUUGAAAGGUGCCUUGGGUCUGACCAAAACAAACAAAUAAAAGUAUGAGCAGAGGCCUACCAGUGCAGCUGACAGAAGGUCUGUUGUUCCUAGAUGCAAAUCUGGGAAGGCCUAUAAGCCUUUCCUAGAACAAAGGAUGAGUUAUUGAUAGUUUGUUCACUGUAAUUUGGAAACUAAAAUAAGAAUGAGUCUAAAUAAAGGAAACCUGGAAACAACUUAGUGUUUUCACACAAUGUAUACAAUCAAUUUCAGUGCCACAGAAAACACUGUUCACACUGAACUUAUCUGACUUUUGAGUAGUCAGUUCAAACAUACCUUGUAGCACAAAUUUCACAGGAAUAAGAAAGCACUUUUAAAAUCCUUGUGAAAUAGAUAAUAAUUAAGUGUGAACAGGUUGGCAAUUUGGGAACUGCUCUUCUAGCUAUAUGCCCAGUUCUAGCUGGUGCCUAACCAUCUGGCCUUUGAUUGACUCUCCAAACCUAACUGCAUAUUACCCUUAAGUUAAUGCAUAGUCCAAUCAAUUACCUGGAGAGUCUCCAGGAUUUUGAAGCCUGUGUCCAUUAGAUGAACACUAAAGAAGCCUCUUACUGAAAUUCUAUGACUGCUGAUUUUUAGGAACAAAACAAAAUGGAAUGUAUCAGUAACUCUGAACUCCUCACACCUACCCACAGAGAUGAAAAUUCUGAUCAAGAAUGGCUUCUGGGCUGUAGAACCCAUAUAUAUGCUGAAAGAACUGGUGCUCUUCCUGGAUUUGGAACCAGGUGCUUAGGAUCCAAAUCACCUUCAAGUCAGGACAGUGCAGCUUUCAAUGUGCAAUCAUGAAAAGCUCAAUUAAAUAUAAACGGAUAUGUCUUAAAUACAGAAUUAUUUUUAAAAAAACGAAUCUCUUUUCAGGAGCAGGUAGAGGGCUAAAAUGGAUGUGUAUAAUCUAAUUUUGCUCCACCAUAAAGGCACUGGAAUUAUGUCUUCCUAUACAGGUGACAUGUGAAGAAUAGUCCCAUCCUAUCCAAUGCAUUUAAUGGUAAUAAUGAAAAUUGAGCCAAAAAAAUAACUUUGAAAAUCCUAUUACAAUUGUUCCAACGCAAUCUACAGAGGUCUUUUCUAUAAAGAGCUUCAUUUUCAUGUUCAGGAGGGAAACUGACCCUUCCCCCCUCUACCUCCUUUUGCACAAUGAGCAUAUCAGGUCAUCUCCUUUAUAGAGUUACAAAGAGACAAAGCUAAAUGUCCCCCCAUAGUGCUCUAGCAUGGGUUUUCUUCUUUUGAGCAGACAAUUUAAAAAUGAGGACAUCAUAACUGUCCCAAUCCAGAGGCAGUGAUCCCAUUGUAGCUGGAACAGACCACCAUCCUGUGGAUGGUCAUGAGGUAUGGUUAACUGAAGACAGAGGUUCUUGGCCAACCUAGUGGAGUCAUUACACACACAUAUUCUCAUACCCCCAAAGUCCAGCAUUUUCUCCUUUUUAGUAUCUGUCACUCUAGUCAUUGUCAAAUGACAUGGUUGUGAAGCACAGAGCACCAUAAACAUCUC